CAGGUUUUGUCCUUCAAAGCGGCUCGCUGCUGUGUGCUGCUGAAUGGCCUCUGGCUGCUGCAGAUGGACUUGGCAGAAAACCAACCGCAGCUUCUGUCCUGCUGCAGCGUCCAGCCGACGGACGGCGAGCCCCCUGCAGCUGUGCACCGCUGUGUCUGCGCAGACACCCUGUUCUCCCUCUGCUCCUCCGGACUCAUCUCUGUGCACAGCAUCUCUGAUGGGAGCCUGCUCGCCAGUAUCAACCUACCUGCAUACUUGAGCUUUGUAGCAGCAGAGGGGGACUCUUCCUUCCUCCCGUCCUCCCUCUGCCUCCUCCAGGUGUCCUCUGACCUCAGCACAGCUGUGGCUGUGAGCCACUCUAACACUGCUGUGGCUCUAGACCUCAACCACUACUUCAGAAUGUACCCCGAGCACCUCCUCUGCGCUCCUCCCCCCUGCUCAGCUCCUCUGCGGCCGAAGGAGCCGGUGGACCAGGACAGCCUUCAGUGCAGCAGCUGCAGCCGGGCUGCUCUCAGGCUGCCUUUCAGCAUGGACCGAUAAAAGCCGGCCUUUCUCCUUCGAGUGGGGGGGUUUGUAAGGCGACAAAAGAUCAUUUGUGCAGUGACAUAUUAUUAAGGUUUUUUAGGCUAUUUUGGAGUUUAG